CUGGGUUUCGUGUUACCGCUCGUUUUUGACCAAGCACCGGACUCGAGAUAAACAAGAUUGAUAAAGAGAAAAGGACCAUCAUGAGUGAUUCCUCUUCACACACAAACACGUUCUUGAAGAACCUGUCACAAAAAAAAUAUGCAUGGAUGCAGACGCCUACGGCACCCUAUUCGCCUCCUGCCAAACCGUCGUCCCCAGUUGUAACUGCAACACAUUCUACCCACCCACCGUCCACCACCCAUACCACAGCCAAAUCGUCACCUUCUAUACGACACACACCUUCCUCUACUUCCUCUAGCACAUCUGCCUCCACCUUCGGAACCGCCCCUGAAGACAGUCCACGAAAAAAGCAACGCCAGCACAAACGACCUUUACACGAAGAUCGUGAUCAUUCUUCUUUCCAUUCUCGGAUCAAGUCGUCUCCUGUUACUGUACCCACGGCAUCACCGUCCACUGUCACGCCACUCCCCUCGUCCCCUUCCAUGGAUACGCAACACGACGACACCUCAUCCAACCAAGCUCUCGAUUCCACUCCGCAGCCCGAUCAACCGCGUUUCAAGUAUACAUCGUUCCCCGUCAAAGGAUUCAACAUUCUGCCCACCCGUAACAUUACUAGCACAUUUGUCCGAUCAGACACCACCUACAUUCCUGGAAACAAAGCCGGCUCUGAAGCCAUUGCCCCUAACGCUGAAGAAGAAUGGCGUGACACGAUCAUCAUUCAUCCUGGAUCGCGUAAUCUACGUAUCGGUUUGGCUUCCGAAGCCUUCCCACGGACCGUGCCUCACGUUAUUGCUCGUCGAAUGAAAGCACCAAGCGCCGUCGUCAAUAAACAGGCGCAGAAAAUGGACAUUGAACCUUUACCUACGGAAAUGGAUACUGAUGAAGCAACGGCUCAACCUCCCACCGUUGAUGCGGAAAACAGCAUGUUGAAUCGUGACGAUGCUCUAUUUGAAAUCAAGAAUGAGCUCAAGUGGCGAAUGAAAAAUGCCAAACGACGCGCGGUGCCCAACGCGGAAGCUCAAGUGAGCAGUUUUAACCGGCAAGCCGUUCAAGAAACGAUUCCUGAUCACAACGAUCCCUAUAAAGUUGAAUGGACAGAAAUACCGCAAACGGGCGACAAACCGGCUUACUUUGUAGGCGACAAGGCUCUUAAUCUUCCCAUUGCCGAUGAUUCCGAAUAUCGCUUGUUUUAUCCUUGGCAGCAUGGUACACUGAACAAGCUCGAUUAUCCUUGUUUGGAAGCCGUAUUGGGCGAUUUGCAAACUAUAUGGGCUGAAAUGAUCUAUCAUGAACUGGAGAUUGAAGACACCACUUUUGAGAAUUAUAACGUAGUGCUGAUCGUGCCAGAUUUGUUGGAGCGUGCUUAUGUCUGUGAAUUAAUGACGCUCCUAUUACGCUACAUGAAGUUUCGUGGCGCGUUUGUGCAACAGGAAUCCAUUUGUGCCACUUUUGGUGCAGGUGUAUCUAGUGCUUGCGUCGUCGAUAUUGGCGCACAAACCACCAAGAUUGCAUGUAUUGAAGAAGGCGUCUGCUUAGCAGACUCUCGUAUGUCCAUUCCCAUUGGCGGUGAUGAUAUUACGAAAACGUUCACCUCGUUUCUACUGUCUAACCACUUUCCCUACGCGGAUAUCAACCUGGCCAAAGCCUACGAUUGGCGAAUCGCAGAAGAACUAAAGGAAAAGUGGUGUACAAUGAACGAAGCGGAUAUUAGUGUGCAAGUAUACGAUUUCUUUGUUCGCGCUCCCUAUAAGCCCACCAUCAAGUAUCAGUGCAAGGUUUAUGAUGAAGUGUUUCUUGCUCCUCUUUGUCUCGUGUACCCUGCCAUCCUCGAUACACAUACCAAGGAAGUGGGCUCAUGGACCAACGCAGAUGUUGUUGAUGACAUUGCCGAAGAAUCGACAUCUGGAUCGACGCUUUCGGCAGCCGCAGCAUCGCUGGCUUCACGUUCUAAACCGACCGUCACCUCUUCCCAAGCAUCAACUCCCAAGCAGACAGCCGAUUAUCCCGAUACUCCAGUAGCUUCUUCUACCUCGCUGGCUGGUACAGCAUCUUCCCCUCCCGCCUCGCAUCUUUCACUGCCUAUCGCCCCUGCCCAAGAUAUGUAUCCCAUUGAUAUUGCUAUUGCGCAAUCCAUUCAAGCCGCUUCUGUUAAUACCGAUGAACGACUGAAGCGUCUCUUUAUCAAUAUUAUUCUUGUCGGCGGAGGAGGCAUGAUCAGCAAUUUCAGCCGGAUUCUGGAGGAUCGUAUUUUGUCCACGGUCAUUGCUCAAACCGCACGCGUUGAAAAAGUGGAGGUAUUACCCGCCCCGCGUGAACUCGAUCCUCGUCUACUGGUGUGGAAGGGUGCCUCCGUAUUUAGCAAACUCGACACCGCCAAGGAUAUGUGGAUUGGCCAGGAAGAGUGGAACGAAGUGGGAGCACGAUGCUUAAAAGAUCGAGCUUUACUUAUUUAGAUGCUCUCACAUACUAGUUUACCGCUGCUUUGUUUAUAUUUUUUUUUCAUCAACCUACAUUGUGCACAUUAUGAAUACAUGCACAGCAAGGAUUUAUACAUGCCAUGGAAAACAUACUGAAAUCGCUAUUGCCC